AUGGGAAGUCUUCGACACACUCCCCCAUGCGCCCAUCCAUGUCUAUGCCCUUUCCUUGCCCCCCCCGCUCAUCUUGGCUUGGGACCCUCCCCCUUGUCGUAUGCGGUCGCAGUCUUGUCCUAUCAGUGUCGUCCCCUGUAUCUUGAAGUGUGUGUGUGUGUGUGCGUGUGCGUGGGCUGCGUGUGCAUUGUGCCAGCUGCCUGGGCGUGGGUGCUCGUUCUCGUUGACAUCGAUAAUGACGGGCUUUCACAACGGCGACCUACUAUCUUGUUAGCGUACCUAGCCUGUAUUGGUAUACUAGGCUACCCUCAAAACUUGCUGUUUAUCUCGGGGGCCGUGUCUGACUCGGAGUCCCCGGUGGAUUCGCCGGUGCCACAGCAAUCUUGCUGCCCGCAACGCAGAGGCGUAACCUCAAGAGACAUCGCAUCGCAGAACGCCGCGGCAUCACACGACGAGGCCGAGGAGGAGCUCAAGAGACAGGCAUGUGGCCACAGGUAUCCGUACCGCAACUUGAAAGCAAGCAUCGCAGCAGCCGUAUCUGGUGUGGCGCCAAGACCAGGUCUACUCGUCCAACCUGUAAGAGCGCGUGUAUGGCCAGACGGCGUCGGCUCGGGGCCCUGGUUGCGGUAA